GCAAGAUGCCGCCGGUGCUGAUGGAAGAGUUUUAGGAGGGAGAUGAUGACAGGCUGAUGAAAACCAAUCAAACAAUGAAGUAAUCAUAAAUCCCCGGUGCCAGCAGCAAGGCUCGGAGGACGCGGGAGGAGCUGGAGGAUGAAGCAGCGGAGCACCACCAUGAGUGCGGGUUCCAUGGAGCAGGAGCCGUCGCGCAAGCUGGCCUGCUGCGGGGUGCCCCUCAUCACGGAGGACAUGCAGUCGCUGGCCAUCCGCACCCUCUCGGGCACCGACAUCAACAAGCACUACGACCUCAUCCGCGAGCUUGGCAAGGGCACCUACGGCAAGGUGGACCUGGUGUCCCACAAGAGCACAGGCACCAAGAUGGCCUUGAAGUUUGUGAACAAGAGCAAGACAAAGCUGAAGAACUUCCUGCGCGAGUUCAGCAUCACCAACACGCUCUCCUCCAGCCCCUUCAUCAUCAAAGUCUUCGACGUGGUCUUCGAGACGGAGGAUUGCUACGUCUUUGCUCAGGAGUAUGCCCCCGGCGGAGACCUCUUCGACAUCAUCCCCCCUCAGGUGGGGCUCCCUGAGGACAUGGUGAAACGGUGCGUGCAGCAGCUGGGCCUGGCCCUGGACUACAUGCACAGCAAGAACCUGGUGCACCGCGACAUCAAGCCCGAGAACGUGCUGCUCUUCGACCGCGACUGCCGCCGCGUCAAGCUGGCCGACUUCGGCAUGACGCGCAAGGURGGCUGCCGCGUGAAGCGCAUCAGCGGCACCAUCCCCUACACGGCGCCCGAGGUGUGCCAGGCCGGCCGCGCCGAGGGCUUCACCGUGGACACCAGCAUCGACGUGUGGGCUUUCGGGGUGCUCAUAUUCUGCGUCCUCACCGGCAACUUCCCCUGGGAGGCGGCCUCGGCCUCCGACACCUUCUUUGAGGAGUUUGUGCGGUGGCAGAAGGGGCGCCUGGCGGGCCUGCCCUCGCAGUGGCGCCGCUUCACGGACAGCGCCCUGCGCAUGUUCCAGCGCCUGCUGGCGCUYGACCCCGAGAAGCGCUGCCCCGUCAAGGAGGUCUUCUACUUCAUCAAGUACGACCUGAUGUCCGAGGUGCGCCGGCGGCCCUCCUACCGCUCCCGCAAGCACGCGGGGGACAAGCUGCCCGCCGGCCCCCACCGCCACGAGACGCCCGGCGCCUGCACCCCCACGCCGCUCAAGAGGACCAUCCUGACCGAAGGGAGCGGCCCCCGGCUCUCCGGCUCCGAGCCGGGCGCGUCCUCCCCGGGCACGGCGAGCAGGACAGACGGACGGCAGGACAAAGGCAAAGGGCAGAUGGUCCUGGCCACAGCAAUAGAGAUCUGUGUGUGACAGCGACGGGGAGGGCGGCUCGCGGCUCCCUCCCCGCGCGGCUCCGCUCCGCUCUACAGGCGGGUGUGAAGCCAGCUGGUCACUUCACCUGCGCCGCAGGCAGAGGGAGAGCCCAGGGGUUUACGUUUGGUUGUGGUAGGAAAAGGGACUGGGAUUCGUGUCACCUGAAGCAAAAAAAAAGCAAAAAAAAAA